AUGCUUUUCCUCGCCUUCACGCCUUCACUGCCAUUUCCUGCAUGGCUAACUUCAGCACCAGCCACCUCCUCCGGGAAGCCUUCCCUGAUGCCCCAGGGCAGGUCCAGGAGGAUAACCGCACCUCCCAUGCCCUUCAGGCAGCCGACUCCUCCUCCUCUGGGACCAACUUCCCAGCAGCCUGUGGACCUGUCAGGGCCCUGCGCUGCCAGCCUCGGGGCACGACAGUCAGGCCCUGCUCCUGGCACGGGAACCGAGGCCUCCGUGGAGCUGAAGAAACACACCUGGCCCGGCCGCCAAUGA